ACUUCUCAAGGUGCAGCGCAGACCGAUCGUAUGACAGCGACGUAUCGCGAGAGCGUAUCGAAUCACUUGUGACCAAACUACAAGCACUCUCGCGAAAAUUUGACGUCAUACGCCGAUUUGUCUGCGCAGCGCUGUAUGAAGUCGAACACACCUUUGCACUGUGAGUGUGGACAGUCAAUUGUUUGACGCUGCCAGGGUGACCAGGGUGAACAUCCGGGCCACAGAAGAAAGAUCCCGCCCACCGAGUAUAACUAUUGGUUGAAUGAGAGUCCUGUUUCAAUAAUAUGUAAUAUGAUUCGUUCUUCUCAUUGUCAAUCAUGAACAUCACAAUAGGCUGAUUCUCUCUCCAUCCCAUUUUUCGCGUAGUUGUGCUCUAUUUUAAUGGGGCCUCUGAGCCGCUUAACAUGGAAACAAAAGCAAUUGUUCGUGAGUCGAAUAAAUAAGGAAACAUUUUGUCGUUAUUCUUCACAAACUGGAGAAGUGGAGGAGAAACUCGCGAGGCAACUCGACUCCGGUAACGUUAGAAUUCAGCGGCAUCCGUUAGCUGGACUGUCUUUCCUUCCCUGCGAAAACAACCUAAAUACCUUUGAAUGAUGUCCUUCUACAUUGACAUACGUGGGAUUACAGCCCUCAUUGCCCCACCUUGGACAGGGAUCAUUUCUGUCUUUUCCUGAGCUUCCCGGUGGCCUCCGCUUGCAAAAAUGUCUGACAAGAGAAACCCACCUUUUUUCAAUGAUGACAGUAUAGGAGUGAUGCACUAUAAGCUUCCCUUCAGCGAGACCAUGGAGCUGUUCAUAGAAACCCUGACAGGCACCUGCUUCCAGCUGCGUGUGUCACCAUUUGAACAGGUCAUCUCGGUCAAGGUCAAGAUACAGAGACGAGAGGGUAUCCCUGUUUCUCAGCUGCAUUUGAUUUGGAACGGGAUGGAGCUUGAAGAUGAAUACAGCUUGCGUGAUUACAACAUCACAGAGGGCUGUACUCUCAAGCUAGUCCUCGCCAUGAGGGGAGGUCCAGUAAACACCAGAAGAGUGACAGAUGACUCGGUGAGGGAUAUCUCUGACUGCAUGGAUGCAGGGAGGGAUGAGAAGUCUCUUCCUAAUAAACAGGUCACCUUUCUGGUAUACCGGGAGGGAGAUCAGCUGAAUUUAUUCCGAGUGCUGGAGAGAGGAGGUGGAACACUCGCACCUGUAUCUGAAUCAUUGAGCGAUGCCUCUGCUCACAAUGUGUAUACGGAGGAGCAGACGCUGGAGAACUCCAUGACAAUGAACAAGAUGAAACUGCUCAAGGCCAAGAUGGAGAAUAUGAACCUUAACAAAAAGCCCAAGAAAAUGGCUAAAUUAAAAGUCCGACCUCCAGUGGGUCCACGGCCCUGCAGCAAUUCCCUCGGUUCUGCUCGACACCACCGAAUCUUCCGUGUCCUUCCCCAGAUAGGCCACGCCUCUUCAACACAUCUACCUCCAAUUGGUGAUCAGCAACAACCUGCAGCCUCACCUCUUGCUGCUGGCUCCUCCUACCAACCAUUUGCUUCUCUCUCAAGUCCCACUUCCUCGAGACGGUCUCAUACUUCCUCUGCAGCCUCCAGCAUAUACAUGCUGCGGGCUGAUGAACCAUGGCAUAAUUCAGUGCCCAGAAAGAUCAGACUCCCUCCCAAAGUGUCCAGGUUGGACAUGAGAGGGCCUAAAGUUAUGAGGGACUGUGUGUACCCUCCUGUAUCCAUUCUGCCCAACCCGGGCAUCCAGGAUGAGGUAGAUCUUCAGGGUGAUAGAUUAACGGUACCUGAGAGCUCAACUGUGAUUGAGCCUCCCAAGCCAGUUCCUUUUAAUAUUCCCAAACCUUUAAGUCUGGACGUAUCCACUCAACGGGAGAAUGGCCUGAACUCCUUUGCAACUGUGCCAGAUACCAAGGCUGGAUCUCCUUUAGUUUCCCAAGCUGUCAAUUCGAACGGCAUCAGCAUGUGGACACCCCAACCUGAAAUACCACAACACUUCGAGUUCACUGGGGUCUCUUUGCAACCCAGCCCAUCCCAUUCUCUCCUCACAACCAGCAUCAGCCCUGCUUUUUCUGCCAGCUCUCCCCUACGAUCCACAUCUGUGCAUGGUGACCCAUGUGAUAAACUCUCACGUGUGACUUCCCAGAGCAAGGCCCAAGGCAUUACCAAAAUGGCUAAAGAACCUUUAGGCACUGUGAGCAGGCCGGAGCUCCUCUCCUCGCUGGCAGACACGGAGGCACAAGAGUAUGGUACAGCUACCCAUCUACCAACCAGCCUGCAUCUGUUGCAGGAAGACCUGCUGAGGAGGAUCUCGCCCCUGCAGAGAACUGACACGGCGUCAAGCUCAUCAGUUGGCCUCUCCAAUUCAAUAAAGAGAUUAGGUACCCUGACACAUCACUUACCACCUGUGAAGGUUCCUACUGUCACAAAGAAAAAGAGCUCAAAACGAUGCUUCCUGUGUGGGAAGAAGACAGGCUUAGCCACCAGCUAUGACUGCAGGUGUGGCAACAUCUUCUGUUCAGUGCACCGCUAUGCAGAGACCCACAACUGCUCUUAUGACUACAAAUGUGCAGGCCGUCGCUUUCUACAGGAGACCAACCCAAGCAUAAGUGCUCCAAAGCUGCCCAAAAUUUGACGGCACUGGACCUCCGAUCAGAGAACACAUCCAUGUUAAAGAGAAACCUUGAUCACUAAUGUGUGCUUUUAUCACCUUUCUUGCUUAAAAUAUACUCAGAGUUGUAAAAAUGAAAAGGAAUAACCGUAGUCAAUCAUCUGGUUGCCUCGGAAAACAUACCUUUGCUAUGCUUAUCUUACAAAACUUACAAAUUGAUGCAUGUAAAUAGAUAGAUGGUUUCUAUAAUUGUUUCUACAGUAUCAUUGCAAAACACAAAACUCCAAGCAUAUCUAUUUAUAUACAGUAUGUCUGUGUGUUGCAUUUCUUAAAAUAGAUCUGACGUCUUUGUAGAGAUGCACUUUAGUAAUGCUGAAUAUCUCUCGUGGAGAUGGGUUUGGAAUAAGUGGGGAAAGGGGGUGUGAUUGAACAAUGUGUCGUUUGUAAUUAUAUGCUUUGUUUCCUGUUUGAAUGUUCUUAUGGUUGUUACCCAUUAUUCCUCUUGACUGAAUUAUCAAGUCUAGCAGGACUCUACCAAGCACUUCUUAUCAUGGAAAUGCCAAGCACUGCACACUUGUGUUAUAAAAACUUGCUUCACGCUGAUUAUGAAGGACAUCAUCUAUAUCAGCUGUACUACACUAUGCAGUUUGACCAUGUAGCAUUCUAUACUGACUCUGUAAGGGCUUGGCAUGAUAAGAUUUAAACGCUCGACUGGUUGCCAUGGCGAACGAUCCUUUUUGUACCUAAGUAUUUCAAAAGCUGCUCAGGCAAAGGCAGCAGCAGAUAUUAUGGGUUUCUGUAAUUGUCAGAUGAUGAACCUAAUAAAACAUCCUUGUGUUUCA